AUGGAUUGCUAUCUUAGUAGAAACCACAUUUUGCAGGCAUUAAAGCAGUUGCCUCGAGAAAAGAUUCAGUUAGCGACAAAGUUUGGUGUUUUCAAAUUUGACCCCACUCUUGUUGUAGUGAAAGGGACUCCCGAAUAUGCCCGCUCCUGUUGUGAGACUAGCCUAAGGCGCCUUCGGCUGGAAUACAUUGAUCUCUUCUAUGUCCACCGAAUUGACACAACAGUACCGAUUGAGGAGACUAUGGGGGAACUUAAAAAAUUGGUUGAAGAAGGUAAAAUUAGAUACAUUGGGCUCUCCGAAGCUAAUUCAGACACAAUAAGGAGGGCACAUGCAGUUCGUCCUAUAACUGCUUUACAAAUGGAGUACUCUCUCUGGACUCAUGAUAUUGAGGAAGAAAUUAUCCCACUUUACAGGGAACUUGGAAUUGGAUUAGUGUCAUACAGCCCCGUUGGUCGUGGAUUAUUUGCUGGCAAAGCAGUUGUGGAAAUUCUACCUCCAAAUAGUUUCUUGGAAACACAUCCUAGGUUUACAGGACAGAACUUUGAAAAGAACAAGACCAUUUAUCUUCGGUUAGAAGCGUUGGCUAAAAAACACGGAUGCACCCCUGCUCAACUUGCAAUUGCAUGGGUUCUUCAUCAGGGGGAUGAUGUAGUUCCUAUUCCAGACUGUGCCCCGACUGAAUCAGCCAUCGAGGAAGUAUUCCCUGCUUCUGAAAGCAUCACUACUUCAUGA